GCCUGCGCCCUGGCCCCCGGCCCGCGCCCCGGCCGCCAGCAUGGUGUUGCUGGCCGGGCCCGGGCCGGAGGGCGGCGGGGCGCGCUGUGUGUCUCCGCAGCCGCCCUCCCCGCCCCGGGACACGGAGGUCGGGGAGGACCCCGCUGACUACGAGGAGUACGAAGACUUCUCGCGUCUUCCGGACACCCGCAGCAUCGCUUCGGAUGACUCGUUCUACCCUCCUGGAGGCGAGGAGGAGUACGGCGCCGUGAGCGCGGAAAGCGUCCCGGAGGGCGUCCCGGAGGCGGCGACCCUCCUGCGCGCCGCCUGCGCCAACGACGUGGGGCUGCUGAAGGCGCUGGUGCGGCGGGGGCCGAGCGCUGAGGAGGUGCAGGAGACCGACCGCAACGGCCGGACCGGCCUUAUUGUCGCCUGCUACCAUGGCUUUGUGGAUACCGUGGUGGUCUUAGCAGAGUGCCCCCACGUUGACGUCAACUGGCAGGACAGCGAGGGGAACACGGCCCUCAUCACGGCUGCGCAGGCAGGGCACGCCAUCAUCACCAACUACUUGUUGAACUAUUUCCCUGGUCUUGACCUUGAAAGGAGGAACGCGUGGGGGCUCACGGCCCUGAUGAAAGCCGCCAUGCAGGGCCGCACGGAGUGCAUCCGAGCCCUGAUGCUCGCAGGGGCAGAUAUCCAUGCCAGGGACUCGCGCCGCGGGAUGUCGCCCCAGGAGUGGGCCGCUUACACGGGACGGUUUGAGGCGGUUCGCCUCAUCCAGAGGCUGCUGGACCGACCCUGCCCGGAGCAGUUCGCCGAAAAGUACAAGCCAGAGCUGCCGCUGGCCUCCGAGGCAGUUCUGAAGCCCGCGGGCUCCAAAAAUUGCCUGCAGAGGCUCACCGACUUUGUGCGGUCCACGCUGACCUCCCGCUCGCGCCAGGGCCUGGAGGAUGGAGGGGUCCUGGACCACAUGGUCAGGAUGACCACGAGCCUCUACAGCCCCGCCGUGGCCAUUGCCUGCCAGACCGUGUGCCCCGAGAACCCCCCUUGUGUGGGGAAAAGGCGGCUGGCGGUGCAGGAAAUCCUGGAGGCUCACGGGGACCCGGACACGCAUACCCAGGAGAGGAACGAGCUGGAGGGCACCGAGCAGCAAUUUCGGACCUCCCUCGCAGUGGGGGUCUCCAGAGAGGGGGCCCCGAGAGCCAGCCUCCCGUCUCUCCAGCUGCCGCGUGCCCCGCAGAAGGCCAGCCUCCUGCCCCUGCCGCUGCUGAGGCGGAGCAGCGUGCGGCCGGGCGUGGUCAUCCCCAAGGUGCGCAUCAGCAAGGCGCCCGCGCCCACCUUCCACCCGGAGCGGGCGGCUCCGAAGGGCAGCACCAAGGACAGCGCCCACCUGCAGCUCCCCAAGUGGCGGUACAAGGAGAUCAAAGAGGAAAAGAGGAAGGCGGAAGAGGCGGAGAAGCAGCGGGUGGCAGAGGCGCAGAAGCACAGACGGGCGCGGCCCUGGAGGAAAAGGACGUGAGAGGGUCCGCAGCCCGGAAGGCGUGUCCCAAGAGGGGAAGCAGGAUGCAGAGCCUGGACGGGAUGCGCGCUGCCCGGG